CGCAUCUCUCUUGUAUAAUGCCGCACGAUGGUUCAGAUAUUUAAAUUCCUAUUAAAAUCAAAUAAAUCGCCCGCUCGUGCUCACUUCCGUCCCAGCUUCCUGGACACAUUGCGACUUGCAGUUCGAGGUGGACAUGGCGGUAAUGGUUUGCCGAAAUACGGAGGAGUUGGCGGUCAAGGCGGAUGUGUUUACUUUGUGGCCAAAGAGGGAUUGACAUUACGGAAAUUGGCACAAGGACUGAAAGACAGACGUGUGGCCGCCAGCAGCGGCGAGGACAGCAGCAAAGUGAGCAUUUUUGGAAAAAGGGGCGUCGACACGCGCAUCGAAGUACCUGUGGGAGUGCAGGUGUACGAUGAACAGCAGAAGCUGCUGGCAGACUUGAACGAAAACGAUGCCAAAUGCAUAGUGGCGGGUGGUGGAACUGGCGGCUGUACGGGCAACAAUUUCCUGGGCCGACCGGGAGAGAAUCGCAUAGUGAACCUGGAUCUGAAGCUCAUCGCAGACGUGGGUCUCGUUGGAUUUCCGAAUGCCGGCAAGAGCACCCUGCUCAAGGCAGUGUCCAAUGCCAAGCCAAAGAUUGCUGCUUAUCCGUUUACCACUAUUCGGCCGCAGAUUGGAACCAUAGAGUACGGGGAUCUGCGCUCCAUCAGCCUGGCCGAUUUGCCCGGUCUCAUCGAGGGUGCACAUGCCAACUUUGGUAUGGGCCACAAAUUCCUCAAGCACAUCGAACGCACUCGAUUGCUCCUCUUCAUGGUCGACAUAUUCGGCUUUCAGCUUAGUCCUCGGCACCCGCACAGGGACUGCCUGGCCAACAUAUAUUCCCUCAACAAAGAGCUGGAGCUGUACGAUCCCUCAUUGCUGGAAAAGCCCUGUGUCCUUCUGCUCAACAAAAUGGAUAAAGAAGGCGCCCAUGACAUUUUGACCAAAGUGAAACCCAUUAUAGAUGAUUUGUCCAGCGGCUUGGCGGACUGCCCGGAGGAAGUGCGUCCCAAGCGGGUGCUGAAAUUCGAAAGCAUUGUCCCCAUAUCGGCAAUUAAUUCGACAAGGGUAACGCAGGUCAAGUCACAGCUGCGCCGAACUCUGGUGCGUCUGGCGGAGAAACAGUUUGUGUCCGAUGGCGAACAAAUCAAAGAGCAGUUACAGCAACGUGUGGGUUUGGUGGGGCCAAGAGUAACUUAAAUAUAAAUGCAAACUAAAAUAAUAGCAUUCUGCAUACCCUUGGGAAAAUGAUAUUAUAAAGUUGACGAAAUUUUGUCAUCUCAGGCUCCAAGGAAUGCAGAAACUAGGCAGUCUGCAAUUUUGCAGUUUAUGGUCUUCUUACAGAGACCAAAAAUAGGUAUUGGGAUCGAAUCGAAAACAAACCAAAUACCUGAAUAGGUAAGUAGAAAAGUCAUUAUUAAUGUUUGAAAGCAGUUUUAACAAAAAUCAAAGAAAAUAGGUUUUUAGGCUGGCCAUACCUCGGUUGGCAAGCAACAAGUGUUGAACUGUCGUAAAAUUGCAUGCCCACUUACGUGCUAUGCUUUUAUUUUUUGUUGACCUUUUUUUUUAAACCUUGCUGCAGUCAAAAUACAAUAAAUAGGAGUAUUUAAAAA